AUGGCUCUGGAAAAUGGCUCUUUUGUGACUGAAUUCAUUCUGGUGGGAUUAACAGACCAGCCAGAUCUCCAACUGCCCCUCUUCUUCCUGUUUCUGGUAAUGUACGUGGUCACUGUGGUGGGAAAUUUGGGAUUGAUAACCCUAAUUGGGCUGAAUUCACUUCUUCACACCCCCAUGUACUUUUUUCUCUUUAACUUGUCCUUCAUAGACCUCUGCUAUUCUUCUGUGUUCACACCUAAAAUGCUGAUGAACUUUCUAUCAGAGAAGAAUGUUAUCUCCUACAGGGGGUGUAUGACACAGUUGUACUUUUUUUGCUUUUUCGUUAUUUCUGAAUGCUAUGUACUAACAUCAAUGGCCUACGAUCGCUACGUGGCCAUCUGUAAUCCACUCUUGUAUAAUGUUACCUUGACCCCUAAAGUGUGCUGCAACCUUAUGCUUGGAUCAUACCUGAUGAGCUUCUCUGGAGCCAUGGCCCACACUGGAUGCAUGCUGAGACUGACCUUCUGUGAUGCAAACUUCAUCAACCACUAUUUCUGUGACAUCCUGCCCAUGCUCCAGCUCUCCUGCACCAGCACCUACGUCAACGAGCUGGUGGUUUUCAUUGUGGUAGGCAUCAACAUUGUUGUGCCUAGCCUCACCAUCUUGAUUUCUUAUGGCUGCAUCCUUUCUAAUGUUCUUCAAAUCAGCUCCAAGGAGGGCAGGUCCAAAGCCUUCAGCACUUGUAGUUCCCAUGUAAUUGCUGUUUCUCUGUUUUUUGGAUCAGGUGCGUUUAUGUAUCUCAAACCAUCUUCUGCUGGGGCUAUGGAUGGGGAAAAAAUCUCUUCUGUUUUUUAUAGCAAUGUAGUGCCCAUGAUGAACCCUUUAAUCUACAGCUUAAGGAACAAAGAUGUUAAACUUGCCCUGAGAAAAAUCCUGAAUAAUAGAAAGCUUUGA